CAGAGGGAGAUAAAUGAGGCUGUUGCUCUAUAAUCUUAUGGGGAUGAAGACAAGGUGACUCACUGCUCAAAAGGAAACUUUGGAUGAGGUCUCUCGCCUGCCACUGUCGUGCCCUGCCAUACUGGGUAAUUCUAACACAAAACUAAGGGCCAGCCAAGCCACACGUGUCAAAAGAAGACAGACAUGGCCAUGGAGCAAGCAGAGCAUAACCCAAAUGCUACUGUCAACCUCAACUUUGCUGCAAUCUACAAUCUCCACAAUGGGGAUUUAACCUCCUUGCGAAACUUCUCCUUCCCUUUCAAUUUCAGUUACAGCGAUUACGACCUGCCACUGGACAGCGAAGACGACAUGACCAAAACCCGCACCUUCUUUGCAGCCAAGAUUGUGAUCGGGGUGGCUCUGGUUGGCAUCAUGCUGGUCUGUGGCAUCGGCAACUUCAUCUUCAUUGCUGCUCUCGCCCGCUACAAGAAGCUACGAAACCUCACCAACCUGCUGAUUGCCAACCUGGCCAUCUCAGACUUCAUUGUGGCUAUCGUGUGCUGCCCCUUUGAGAUGGACUACUACGUGGUGCGGCAACUGUCCUGGGAGCAUGGCCAUGUCCUCUGUGCCUCAGUCAACUACCUACGGACCGUCUCCCUCUAUGUUUCUACCAAUGCUCUCCUGGCUAUAGCUGUUGACAGGUAUCUGGCCAUUGUUCACCCACUGAAACCACGCAUGAAUUAUCAAACAGCAACCUUCUUAAUUGCCUUGGUCUGGAUUGUCUCCAUACUUGUAGCUAUCCCAUCUGCAUACUUUGCUACUGAAACGGUGUUAUUUAUAGUGAAAAACCAAGAGAAAAUUUUCUGUGGUCAAAUUUGGCCGGUUGACCAGCAGAUGUACUACAAAUCAUACUUCCUUUUCAUCUUUGGCAUUGAAUUUGUUGCACCUGUGAUGACAAUGACCUUGUGUUAUGCCAGGAUCUCUCGGGAGCUUUGGUUUAAAACUGUACCAGGAUUUCAGACGGAACAGAUCAGAAAGAGACUUCGAUGCAGAAGAAAAACUGUUAUGGUACUGAUGUGCAUCCUGAUUGCCUAUGUUCUCUGCUGGGCACCUUUCUACGGCUUCACAAUUGUCCGUGACUUUUUCCCCACCAUCUUUGUGAAAGAGAAGCAUUAUCUUACUGCUUUUUACAUAGUUGAAUGCAUUGCUAUGAGUAACAGCAUGAUAAACACCAUGUGUUUUGUAACUGUAAAAAAUAACACCAUGAAAUACUUCAAGAAGAUCAUGUUGCUCAGAUGGAGAUCAACAUAUAAUGGAAGCAAAUCUAGCACAGAUUUAGACCUGAGAACAAGUGCAAUGCCGGUCACAGAGGAAGUAGACUGCAUAAAACUGAAAUAAAUUUUCUGCAGUUCUAAUCUCCCAUAUUUUGAAGAGGGGGUAAAAAGGAAACAAUGCCUCCUCAGAAGCUUCUCCCUUGUCUGUGGGAAUAUCCACCAUUGGUGAGAGGCCUUAAAAAGCAGCCUCCCAUGCAUUUCCACCAGAACUCUUUUCACUGGACUGCUGUAUAAUCCCAUGACUCAGACUGAUGCUGUGCUUCAGUUCACCCAUCUGUAAACUUCAGAUGUAGACACUCAUUUUAGAGUUAAGAUGAACAAAAAAGUCUAUGAAUGCAUUGAAACAUAUUAUAAUGAUGGAAGAGUUGAUUGCUGAUCCUAGCAAUGAUGCUUCUUUGUUUCUUCUUCAGAGAAAUCUCUUAACCCCUUCGAGCUUAUCAUUUGUACCUUUAAGCUCUUUAGUGUCCUUUUCCUUCUGCUCACAAGAGGAAGGAUGGCAAAAAGCCCAUUAUGCUUCAUGUCAGUCUUCAUGCUCUCAGUUUACUCCUCAUGAUGAAGCUCCUUGAAGUCUACAGACCACCAGCUUUCUAUUGUCCAAUGUGCAGCAUACUCUUAGGAAAGGCACAUUCUCUAAAAAGCUAAAUACUGCUUCAUGGCCUAGUGAAAACCUCAAGUCUCUUCCUGUGACACCUUGUUUAAGAAUGUUGUUUAAGAAUCAAUAUUCCACUCUGUAGUUUAUGUAGAGUGUUACUCUUUCAUUAUGUAUUUGGAAAUGGCACAGCUACAUAUUGAAGGGACCUGUUCCCUUCC